AUCGAAUAAUCCAUCGUUGUUUUAUGCAAUUUAAAGUUCUAUAGUUCUAAAAAAACACCCUUUAUAAUACUGAAAGCAAACUUGGAAAUUAAAAUCGAUAUUAUAACAGAAAAUUGUCUCUCAUCAUAACAUAACCUUAAAGAAGGACCCAGAGAACCUAUUGCUGUCAAGAUAAGGAUCAACCUGUCCAGCAGGGAAUACUAACGUUACCAAACUGAUGCCUAUCAGUAGCGGAGCUACUUACGCUAUACCGAUCUUUCUGCUGAAAGCGCUCAAUGAUGUCGAACCAGUUUUUAAGCAGCUUUCCAUGUGCUUUGAAUUCACCACUUUUUCAUACUCUUUUAUUCGAAGAUUCUUAGCCACCUUUGUUCACUCCCUAUCCCGUUUAACAAACCUGCAAAAAUAAUAUAAAGUCAUCUUUGAAAAUCAUGAAGAAUCAUUCUAGAAUGCCCAUUUACAAUGAAAAAUAAUAAAGAAAUGGAAAAUACGAGGAGGGGGUGUUUGUAACCAUUUACCAAUUAUUUUAUUCGAGUAAAAAAAAAGGUUCGAUAUUAUAUGAUUUUUCAUGAACAUUUUGGAACUGUUUCCUAAAUUUUGGGUAUGCUCAAAAAAUUGAAAAAUAAACUACCAAAUCAAUUACUGAUAAUCAGAUCAAGGGGUUCACUAUUAAUACAUUAUAAAUAAGGUCUACCAGGUUACUCCCCAUCAUUUAUUUAAAAUGUGACACUCUGUUGGCCGAUACAGAUCGGUGGGCGUGGCUUGUAAUUGAAAACGCCCGCCACCGUCUACAAACAAACAUAAUUUCGUGGAUCGUAAGCAGCUGAGGAGCAGUCGCGUAUCUUCGACCUACCUUCGGUUCUGUUCGAGCGGAAUUCUCAUGGAGCAUGUCCCUCCACAGUGCAUGUCUACUGCGAACUGUCAGAUGUGGAUCGGUUUUAGUUAUGUUAUGAGGUGAUUAAGAUGACGUAGGAACAAUAAUCUGUCGUGCUACCCACAAUCUGUCCAUCUACGGUGUGACUCCACAAGGACGCAAGGAUUCUAAUUUUCUAAACAGUCCGAUGUAAGUGAUUGAAGUAGUUGAAGUAAUCGAGCAAAAUGUGCGAGAGUAGUUGAGUGAAAUGAGCAGCACCUCGCUGCCGCCCUUGCCGGCUCUCAUUCCAAUAUCAGUGUUAAGAAAAAGUCCCCUAAGAAACAACAAUAGUGACAUAGGAGACGAUCAUCAUACCGAUUGUUCUCCCUGCAUAAAUCAUUCCGAUGCACAGCGCUCGCCGCGGCUGUCGACCGAACCAACUGACGUCCUAAUCGAUAACGCAGAGUCACGUGAUACGAACGCCGCCCCACAGCCCCGGAAAAUAAGACCUGACCGUCAUCGUAAAUCAAACAGACAGCGCGAGCAUCGUCGUCGUGCGAAAGCGUCGAAAGACUCCGAUCAACCGAUCAAUCCGAGGGUCAAUCCCAUCUUCGUCUGGGUGAGGCAAGAAGACACUCGAAUCGUGGAAGUGAAAUGCGAAGAUUACGACAGAAGAAACCGUAUCCUCCUUACCAAGACUCCACAGGGUUGGCGGGCGACUCCAAGGACAGAAACCUUAGUCCCUUCCCUGAAGGAAGAGGAUGACAGAAAACACCAUCGUCGUAAGAAGUCCAAGAAGAACAAAAUGAAACAGAAAUCAACAGCCGUUCAGGUCGACAACACCCUGGACCAAGAAGAAGAAGAACCAGCUGAAAAAGAGUCUCUGUCCAAAGACCCAAACUCCCUUCUUGAUUGGGAAUCCCCCGUAAACGUCGAAUCGUUGUUACCGUCCCAUACAAUACACAUCCAUAGGAAAGACUCGAGUUAUUCCGAUUCGGAACAGUCCUACUCUAUCAGAGAUAUCGUGGAAAGUGAAGUAACCCAUAGUGCGCAGGUUGAAUCUAAGUGCGGUGUUGAAAAAAUGUGUGAUAACAUCAGCCCGCUUGACAAUUUAUUGGCUGUGGCUGAAUUAGAGUUUAACGAACAAAUACAGUCCGGAGGAUGGAAUGACAUCCCUGACGACCAUCAAACGGAUGACAAGGUGAUACCAGAUGAGGAACAAAACGUAUUCGUGAAAGAUAUGGAGCACCUAGAAAAUCUCAUCGAGUCUUGCACUCAAGACGACAACGUUAACUUAAUGUCUGAAAGUAACAUAAAUCCACCACAUAAAGAAGAUUGUGAUUACACUGAGGACGAAGAAAAUAACUUAGCGAUGAAUGAUAUACUGAACAGGUUAGAACAGUCGCUUAGGAGUCCUGAAUCGUCUGAAAUGGAAUCGACCCAAUGUGAUACAAAAGAACAAUUAGCGACAGAGUCCGAGAGCCUACAAGUGGAUUCGAAUCAAUAUGAUGAGGUAGGAACGAGCCAUUGUGAUAAUUUACUUGCAACAGAUGUUCCUACAUACGAGUCUGACAGUUAUGCAGACAAAGUGACAAAUAACUCAGCACCUAACGAAUUAGAAAAUCUCAUAGAAAAAAGUUUAGAUAGCAUACUUUCUGAAAACGUGAAACAAGAGGAACCCACGGAUUUAUCGUUGAAAUCGAUGAGAGAUUUAACGAUUGAAAUACCGCCUAGGAAUGAUUAUUUUGAGCAGCCUACCGAUUUGAGCAUACCAAAGCAGAACAAGAUGACACCAGGAGGAUAUAGACCACCUUCUCAGAACUCCGAAGCCUUGCAGUCUCCUCAACCCAGCGGUUUACCAGCAAUCCUACCAUCGCCAGGCAUUCUUUCACCAGGAAGCACUGUUAAUAUGAAUACGAACGUGAAAGAAAAGUCAACUUCACUUGAAGAAAUUCCUGCUGGUUCAAGAAAUACAGAUUUAUCGAACGGAGGACAAAAAACUCCGUUAGAUUUGGGUAAAUGUAGAAAAUCUGCCAGUCCUACAGUUACAUGUUCGGAAGAAGUGAAUAAUUUGCCGAUUGAUGAUCAACCCCCAGCGAAAAAACUCAAAAUUUCAGAAAAUUUAACCUCAACAAAUGUACUAGAUAUGGAACAGAAGAGAAACGAAGACUUGUCUCAAACAUCACCGCAAAUAACCAAACUUAUAGGAAAUGAUGACAGUUGCCCGAUAAGGCAACUAAAUAAAUUAUUAUUAGACGAAACACUCAAUAUUCCCGAUCCUAUGUUGGUGCCCAAAAAAAAUUUGAGGAAAAUUAUUUCAAAUCCAGGAAAUGAAAUACCAGAACUUUUGAAGAAAAGGCCUGAACUUAGAUUACCGGAAGCGUUAGAGUUUCCGCAUUUACUCCAAGAUCCUGAUAUUUUAGUCAUAACGAUACAACAACUAGAAGAAAUAAUAAAACAACAGAGCUCAUCUCUGGAGAAACUAUCGAAGACGAACUCCAAAAAUGAAAAAACGGAUAAGAUAUUGGAGAAGAAACCUAUGGAAUAUAAUGAGAGAGCGAAGCAGCCUAUUGAGAGAGAUAAUUUCCCUAAAAAUCAUGAAGAAUUGAAUGGAUUUGAUUUCAGUGAAAUAGAUAUGGCAUCGAAUCCAGCAUUGAAUCCAAUGUUAUGGUUACCUUACUUGAACCAAUUCGAAGCAUCACAGUUCGGUGGCAAUUCCGAUAUUGUACAGAUGUUAGCCAAUACGAAUAUGGUUAGAUCAAUGCCAGCACAUUCCCCAAAUUUCUCUCAUCUCAUGUUGAAUAGUGCGAUCCCAGCUGUACCCGGAAAUUUUCGAUUACCAACCUACAACAACCCAUUUGAAAUGCAUUUGUGGCAAAGGUCAAUGAUUCAAUCGGCGUUAUUAGGGCAGAAACAUCCCUCUACUAAGCAAGAAACAAGAAGUAGUUUCGAUGAUUUGAUGAAGGGAGUUCAAAACGAUGGUUUUAAUAGAAAAUACAUCCCUAGUAGUAGAAAGUACUCGAUGGAAAACAAAUAUGGAAUGCAACAUCAGUUCUUUCAGACUCCAUCAGCGCUCUCUAACUUGAAUACAUACGCGAAUCAUCCGCAAGCUUGCCAACUAAAUAUGAAAAGCAAUAUACCAAUGUUACCUCAGUUUAAUAGAUGCCUUCAGAAAAGCAUGGCCGAACAGAUACCUUUUCAGAAUCAUAAGGUGUCUUAUAAUCAUCAGAAACCUCAAGAAAAACCGUACAAUCACAAAGUAACAAGCAAUAUCCAUCUGCAACAAAAAAGUAAUAAGCCGAAUCAUGUUCACCAUUCGAAAGAAAAAUAUGUGCGCAGACAAUCGAACCGUGCUGUCAGCCAGCCUAUUGAUCUUUCAGGUGCCAGCUCGACAGUCGGAGUUAAAUCAAAGAUAAUGCAUCAACUGCCUGUGAUCGAUUCCUUCAACAGCUCGAAACAUUCCAGAAACGAUGACGUUGGUGAAGUUGGAAGUACAACCGCUAGUAUAGAGGAGAUGCAGGAAGCUCACAAACAUCUUUGGCACCCGCUAUUUGGAAACGAUAAAUGCCACAACAAUACUUGGAGUUUGAAUCAUCCGAUGGCUGUAUCCUCUGAAUAACAUUGGCACAUACCUCCAAAUCAGAGGAGGACCACAUCGUACCAACAACCGCAUCAAGAAUUCGAAGGACCGACUGGACCCGUAAAAAAUCCAAUUUUUGGGAUUCCUUCGUUUGUAUGCAGAUGACGCACCCCACGCUUAAGAAGAACAAAUCUUGAAGAAUAGAAUGUUCCUGGUUGUAAAAUAUAGAUAUCUAAUUGAAUAAUAAUUGAUAUACGACUCAUUCAAACUUGAGAUUGAGAUGAUAGAAUAGUACUGACUAAUUGGAUAUAGUUGAAAUAAUUUGUUGAUUUCUGUUGAAUUUUUCGUUUUGUUUUUGAAUAGAAAGAUAUUUAAUAUUAUCGUCGUUGAAUGGUUUUAAUUCUGAAAGGUGAAUUAGUUAGAUGUAAAUGUUACUGAACUCUAUUUUUUAUUACUUGUACCUAUUAUUUACGAAGCAUGGUUCUUGAGUAUAUAAAGUAAUAAUAUUACCCUUUCAAUUAUUUUUAUAGAUAUUAGUGAUAAUUAAUGAAAUCUAGCAGCAAUUUUGAAGUUACCAUACAUAUUGUAUUCAACAUUCGUGCUUUAUACUCAAAAAGGAACAUAAUGUACAGAAAAUUACAUAACUUACUUUGAAGAAAUAUAUUUUAUUCCGAAAUAAUUGGUAAUUAAAAGAAUUUUUAAAUUCCAUUGAAUUUUGUUCAGAAAUUAUGGCCACAUAUUUCUAUAAUGCUUAGCUAUUAAUCUCAAUAAAAAAAUAUUUCCUGAAUAGGGAGAUACUGAAUAUAUUUCACACACCAACAUAUUAUCUUUCUGAAUCAAUCGAAAUGAUGAAUAUAUGGCGUACAUGAAUAGUUGUAUUUCUCAAAUGUACUUAAUUGAAUACAUAUCGCUAAUUUUAAGUCUAUCAAAAUUAUAGAAUCUUUCGGAUAUAUUUGAAAUGUGGACAAUAACAGUUACCAGUAGAAAUUUAAUUUAUAUAUUAUAUUUAUAUUCGACGUUUAUGAAACUAUUAUGUGUUUGAGAAUUGUUUGUUUUCAGUUUCCUAUAUUGAAUUCAAUUCAAUUUUUUUUUAUUCAAUUAAACUAAAUGUAUAUAGUGUACCAAAUGCUUAUUUACUGAUUAUUGAAUAAAUGAACGAAUUUCGU